AUGCGCUGGUUGCCUGAUGCGUGUGGAUGGUCGCCGGCGGGAUGGGAUCGACCGCUGUCGUUUGUGGUGGCGCUAGUGCUGGGCCAGGCGCUGGCUCUGCUGGUGACGGCCACGGGCGCCACCUCGCAGUCGCUGACGACCUUCUACGGCGUGUCGGUGCCGACGACCCAGUCGCUGCUGGUGUAUUUGCUGCUCAUCAGCUACGCAAUCCCGCUGGCCCGCAGUGGCGGCCUCAUGCCGGUCCUGUCAUCGCCCAAGCGCCUUGGCGGCUAUCUGCUUGUCGCCAUCGCCGACGUUGAGGCCAACUUUCUGGUGGUCAAGGCGUACAACUACACCUCGCUGACCUCGGUCAUGCUCCUGGACUGCUUUACCAUUCCGGUGGUGAUGGCUCUGGCAGCCAUGUUUCUGGGCACCCGGUUUGGGCGGUUGCACGUGUCGGGCGUGGCGGCGUGCCUAGCAGGCAUCGUUGCCCUUGUCCUUGCCGACUACUCGUCCAAGUCUGCCCGCGAGGCUGACUCGGCAGCCGACAUGCUGUACGGCGAUCUGCUGGUGCUUGGCGGCGCAACGCUGUAUGCCGUCUCCAACGUGGCGCAGGAGUUUGUCGUCAAGUCGGGCGACGACGCGCGCAUCGAGUUUCUGGGCAUGCUUGGCCUGCUUGGCGCCCCUGUCUCGGGCCUGCAGGUUGCGCUCCUCGAGUCGAGCGAGCUAAUGCGGCUAGAGUGGCGGUACGAGGUUGUCCUGCUCAUUGGCGGCUUCUCGAUGGCGCUCUUCACCUUUUACUCGCUGGCACCGGUCCUCGUCCGGGCGACGUCGGCAACGUUCCUCAACCUCUCGCUCCUCACGGCUGACGUGUAUGGGCUCGUGGUCGCCAUCUUCCUCUUUGCCUUUUCGCCGUCGGUCAUGUUUGUGUUUUCGUUCUUUGCCAUCAUCUUUGGCAUCGUCGUCUACAACUAUCACCCGCCCAAGGACGCUUUGCAGCUUCCAAGCCCUGUGACACCGGCAGCCACUCCUGCUGCGAGUCCUGCGGCGUCGCCACGCGGUUCGGUUGUUCUUAGCGCGUCUCUACCAGUUUAGAAGUGCAAGUGGUGCGCGUCCGAACUCAAUGAUCGGUUGAGUACGAGCUCUCAAACUGGCUGUUGCCGCCAGAGCUGGUGUCGUCGGUGCCGCUGCUAUCAGGACCGGUGUCGCUCUCGUUGUCGGCCUGCCAGGCACACGGCGCGGGCGUUGGACUGGCCGGUACGUCUGCGAAGAGCCGGGCCG